AUGCUCUCGUUCUUUGACUUUGCGUUGUUUCAACAGCCAGGGGCGCUCCCGUGGGGGGCGCUGGAAGGUCAGCUCAGGAAUGCUGAUCUCCUCCGGGCUCCAGGCCAGCCCUCACGGCCACGGGAGGAGCAGCCACUCUGCACCCAGUUACCAGGGCAGCGGCGGAGACCACAAAACGGCCCUGCAAACCUGGGAAGACUGCAGAGCUACCAGCACAGAAAGGUGCAAGACUCCAGGUCAGGAGCAGCUGAGGUGGAAAGGAACAGGCAGACAGGGUCAGGGCCAGCAGACAGGGUCAGGUCGGACAGACAGGGUCAGGUCAGACAGACAGGGUCAGGGCCAGACAGACGGGGGUCAGGUCGGACAGACGGGGUCAGGGCUGGACAGACAGGGUCAGGUCGGACAGACAGGGUCAGGGCUGGACAGACAGGGUCAGGUCGGACAGACAGGGUCAGGUUGGACAGACGGGGUCAGGGUCGGACAGAUGGGGUCAGGUCGGACAGUCAGGGUCAGGGCUGGACAGACAGGGUUAGGGCCGGACAGACGGGGUCAGGGCUGGACAGACAGGGUCAGGUCGGACAGUCGGGGUCAGGGUCGGCAGAAGAAAACAGGAGGCCGGCUCCUGUUGGCAGGGGAACAGGCGGGCAGCUGCUUUCCUUUCCCCACAGCAGGCCUGUGAGUGACAGUGCGUGGGUGGGAACUGGAGCCGGGAAGAGGCGGUCACCAAGGGCAGAAACAGGAAAAAGGGGUCGGAAACCGGAGCCAGAGGACAGGGAGGUCACCUGCUCUCGAACGGCCGCCAACACCUGCACCGGCUCACCAGGGCCCUGGCUCGGAGGCCGGAGGGAAACGUGUUCCAGGAGGGAAGGAGGCAAGGGGAGUCCAAAACCAGGGGAAGAAAAGGAGUGGGGCUGGGGGACAGGGCCCUGGGUUGGGAGGCUGGGUCCUGGCAGCGGAAACAAUGGGACUGGAGACACCAAGCCAUGAAGGGGGUUGGGGGGUGGCAGACAUCUCUGGGAACCCCCACCUUACAAACGGUGGUUUAUUAAAACAUGCUUUUAAGAACAGACCCGGGCCCUGGCCGGGUAGCUCAGCUGGCUGGAGCGUCGUCCUGAGAAGUUGAGGUGGCAGGUUUGAUCCCCCCGUCAGGGCACAUUCAAGAAGCAACCAAUGAA